CCGGAGCGGCGGCGGGAGCGGGAGCGGCGGGACCCGGACGGCGGCGGGACCCGGAGCGGCGGCAGAGCAGACGAGCUGUGUGUCUCUCCAGUCAGACGUGUGUGCUGAGGAUGGAGUCAGUGGUGCAGUGAGCAAGGCCCAGCAGCUGGCCCGGAGCAGUGCCCAUGGGGACCCGGCCGGCCCCCUCCUCCCUGCUGGGCAGGCUCAGAGAGGCCAGAGGCCCCCGGGGGAGGACCUCGGCAGACAGAUGCCCCCCAGGCCGCGGGGUCUUCUGACAAGGCCUGCCGGGGGGCGUGCCAAGGGCAGAGGAUGCCAGCCAAGGGGCGAUACUUCCUCAACGAGGGGGAGGGCGGCCCCGACCAGGAUGCGCUCUAUGAGAAGUACCGGCUCACUGGCCAGCACGGGCCGCUGCUGCUCACGCUGCUGCUGGUGGCAGCCACUGCCUGCAUUGCCCUCAUCAUCAUCACCUUCACCCACCAGGACCCCUCUGGACACCCCUCUGUCCUGGGGAUGGCUUUUGUGACCCUGGCUGUGUGCCUGGUUCUCUCCGUGCUGGUGUAUGUCGAGUGCCUUGUCCGGCGUUGGCUCCGGGCUUCGGCACUGCUCAUCUGGGCCUGCCUCCUGGCGCUGGGCUACGCGCUACUCUUCAGCUUCCGGACCAGAGAGGCUUGUGCCUGGGAGCAGGUGCCUUACUUCCUGUUCGUGGUCUUCGUGGUAUACACGCUGCUGCCCUUCAGCAUGGCCGGAGCCGUGGCGGUUGGGGUCAUCUCGGGCAUCUCUCACCUCCUGGUGAUCGCCGUGCUCAGGGGCAGCUCCACUGGGCCGAGCGCCGACCUGGGGCUGCAGCUGCUGGCCAAUGCUGUCAUCUUCCUGGGCGGGAACCUGACGGGCGCCUUCCACAAGCACCAGCUGCAGGACGCCUCGCGCGAUCUUUUCACCUACACGGUCAAGUGCAUCCAGAUCCGCAGGAAGCUGCGCAUCGAGAAGCGCCAGCAGGAGAACCUGCUGCUGUCGGUGCUGCCAGCCCACAUCUCCAUGGGCAUGAAACUGACCAUCAUAGAGCGGCUCAAGGAGCGUGGGGACCGCCGCCACAUGCCGGACAACAACUUCCACAGCCUCUACGUCAAGCGGCACCAGAACGUCAGCAUCCUCUACGCUGACAUUGUGGGCUUCACCAGGCUGGCCAGUGACUGCUCCCCCAAAGAGCUGGUGGUGGUCCUGAAUGAACUCUUCGGCAAGUUUGACCAGAUCGCCAAGGCCAACGAGUGUAUGCGGAUCAAGAUCCUGGGGGACUGCUACUACUGCGUGUCAGGGCUGCCUGUGUCCCUGCCCACUCACGCCCGCAACUGUGUGAAGAUGGGGCUGGACAUGUGCGAGGCCAUCAAGCAGGUGCGGGAGGCCACGGGUGUGGACAUCAGCAUGCGUGUGGGCAUCCACUCUGGCAACGUGCUGUGUGGCGUCAUCGGGCUGCGCAAGUGGCAGUAUGAUGUGUGGUCGCAUGAUGUGUCCCUGGCCAACAGGAUGGAGGCGGCCGGAGUGCCGGGGCGGGUGCACAUCACCGAGGCCACCCUGAACCACCUGGACAAGGCCUAUGAGGUGGAGGAUGGUCACGGGCAGCAGCGGGACCCCUACCUGAGAGAGAUGAACAUCCGUACCUACCUGGUCAUCGACCCCCGGAGCCAGCAGCCGCCCCCGCCCAGCCAGCACCUGGCCAAGCCCAAGGGAGAUGCCACCCUGAAGAUGCGGGCGUCCGUGCGCAUGACGCGCUACCUGGAGUCCUGGGGUGCCGCGCGGCCUUUCGCACACCUCAGCCACCGUGAGAGCGUGAGCAGCACCGAGACGCUGGUGCCCAAUGGGCGGAGGGCCAAGGCCGUUCCCCUGCGGCGCCACCGGACCCCUGACAGGAGCGCGUCUCCCAGGGGGCGGGCGGAGGACGACGCCUCUGACGAGGAGAUGCUGUCAGCCAUUGAGGGGCUCAGCUCCACGAGGCCCUGCUGCUCUCGCUCCGACGACUUUUCCCGCUGUGGGUCCAUCUUCCAGGAGCCAGGCUUCGAGCGAGAGUACCGCCUGGUGCCCAUACCCCGGGUCCGUCUCUACUUCGCUUGUGCUGGCGUUGUCUUCACUUGCAUCCUGCUCGUCCAUGCCCUGCAGAUGCCCAGGAAGGCAGCUCUGGGGGUCUCCUUUGGGCUGGUGGCCUGCGUGCUGGCACUGGCACUGGGCCUGUGCUUUGCCGACGAGUUUCUGAGGUGCUGGCCCGCCUGGACGAUGCUGCGUGCCCUGUCCGAGAGCGUGGAAACACAGCCCCUGCUGCGCCUGUGCCUGGCCGUGCUGACCACGGGCAGCCUGUUGACCGUGGCCAUUGUCAACCUGCGACUGGUGUCCACCCCACUGUGCGCCCCCAACCAGACAGACCCAGGCCUGAGGGUGGGGGCCGACCCCCAGGACACCCUGUGUGAACUCCCGUAUUACACCUGCAGCUGCAUCCUGGCCUUCAUCGCCUGCUCUGUCUUCCUGAGGAUGAGCCUGGAACUGAAGGUGGUGCUGCUGACCGUGGCCUUGGUGGCCUACCUGGCAGUCUUCGCCUCCCCGUGCCGGGACCAGUGUGCUGUGGCCAACUUCACCCAGACCACCAUCAGCAGCUCCCCACUCUCUGCCUGCUGGGAUUUGAGGAGGACCAUGACCUGUUUCUACCUGGUUCUGUUUUACGUCACGCUCAUCAUGCUCUCCAGACAGAUCGACUAUUACUGCCGCCUGGAUUAUUUGUGGAAGAAGAAGUUCAAGAAGGAGCACGAGGAGUUCGAGACCAUGGAGAACGUGAACCGUCUGCUGCUGGAGAAUGUCCUCCCAGCCCACGUGGCUGCCCACUUCAUUGGUGACAAGUUAAAUGAGGACUGGUACCAUCAGUCCUACGACUGCGUGUGCGUCAUGUUUGCGUCCGUGCCGGACUUCAAGGUCUUCUACACGGAGUGCGACGUCAACAAGGAGGGCCUGGAGUGCCUGCGUCUGCUCAACGAGAUCAUCGCUGACUUCGAUGAGCUGCUGCUGAAGCCCAAGUUCAGCAGCGUGGAGAAGAUCAAGACCAUCGGCAGCACCUACAUGGCAGCGGCAGGGCUCAGCAUUCCCUCAGGGCACGAGAACCAAGAGCUGGAGCGGCAGCAUGCCCACAUCAGCAUCAUGGUGGAUUUCAGCAUCGCCCUGAUGAGCAAGCUGGACGGCAUCAACCGGCACUCCUUCAACAACUUCCGCCUGCGCGUGGGCAUAAACCAUGGGCCUGUGAUCGCCGGUGUGAUCGGGGCGCGGAAACCUCAGUACGACAUCUGGGGAAACACAGUCAAUGUCGCCAGCCGCAUGGAGAGCACGGGAGAACUUGGGAAGAUCCAGGUCACGGAAGAGACGUGCGUCAUCCUCCAGGGCUUGGGCUACUCCUGUGAGUGCCGAGGGCUGAUCAACGUGAAAGGCAAGGGCGAACUCAGGACUUACUUUGUCUGCACGGACACAGCCAAGUUUCAGGGGCUGGGCCUGAACUGAGGACUCCAGGUAGACGGGGGACACGCUGGAAGCCAAUUCCCUUCUCUGAAGCAAGCUGGGGAGACAAGAGCCUGCCACCAAGGCAGGCCAGGGAUGUAUGCGCCCAUAACCACAGAUGAUGGCAACUGUGCCUGCCUUCUCUGGGCUUGCGCACGAAGGCCGCUGGGAUGUGUGAGCUGCAGCUCCAGCUUGAGGUGGCACUGGCCCACCUCACCACACAGGGACCCGAGUGCCAGGAUGGGCCUCCAGGCUCCCCGCUGAGUUUGGCCGCCCCAUCUCCCAUCCCCCUAAGGUGCAGGACCAGGAUGGGUGUCCACAUCCUUUCUCCCCGACCAACCGGCAAGAGGAAUCUACGCUUUCACUGUAGACUGGCACACAGGACGUCUAUUUUAGUAUGCGUGGUUUUCCAUAGGAAAAAACAAGAAAAACAAAAAAGCAUCGCAGACUUUUGUUAUUUCUUGCCAUCUCUGUCCGCUGGGUUGCUUCAAACGGCUACAUUCUGAAACGGGCAUUUCCUUUUAAGUAACUUCUUAGAUGCCAGAUAAAGCCUCUUCCUCCAGGG